CUGCGUUCCCGUAAUCCCAACCCACGGUGUUUGUAUCCAUUGGGAUUGGGUAUGCCACACAGUACGGGCCAACGACCGUCAUCUAUCAAACGCAUAGAAAUCACCGCACCAGUCGUUUCCUCGCUGGAUUACGUGAUUCACUACAUCAUAAAGGAUUCGUGGCCACGCAGAAGGGUGCUCUGCCAACAGCAUGGUGUUGUCAUAGUGGAACGGACCACAAGCAGUCACUCGCCAUGCCUCAGUUACAAAGCAGCUGCUGGCCUGUCCGGCUCAUCUGUUGUCUCCUCUUUGUGGUACACACUCAUGCCCAAAAUGAGCUGACCGUACCACAGCAGGUAAAACUGACACCCGACAUGUACACGCAACAAAUAUCCAUUUCCUGGCUGGGAGGCAGCGCCAACAUGUUCGAUGUCAUGAUCCUCAGAACGGAACUCAAUGAAACUGUCUUCUAUGACUCGCUACAUGCGACUCUCAACCUGACGACUGGUCGGUACGAGUGGAAUUGGACCUCAGCAGAACCUCUCGAAUGUACCUCGUUGUCUGUCCGAAUCCGCUCCAGAGAGGGUACGGAGACGAGUGAAUGGAGCGCCGAACAGAUCCUCCAAGGAAAUGAUCUGCCUACCAAAGUGAAGUUCCAGAUGUACCCCCAGGAUAGAAUUGUGCACGCGGGGGACAACACCACGUUCUGCUGCAUUGUGGCGGAAGGGUCGCUCUUCGGUUCCGUGCAUUAUGGCAACACGGCCAUGAACGCCACACGGCUGAGUCGGCGGAGUUACAGCAUCACAGUAACUCACCAGCCUCCGUCAAACAGGACGGGGACCAAUGUCAUCUGCAAGGACAGCGAAAAGACCAAAAUUGUGGGGGCCGUGGUCUUUGUUGCAUAUCCUCCCCUGCUCAGUGAUUUUCAUUGCGAGACUCGAGAUUUGACGUCGGCCGUAUGCCAGUGGAAAGAAGCGCGAGACACGCGACUGUACGGCAAACGGAGAACGAUCUACUCGCUCAACAAAAGGAAAUGUGAGGCCAAAUCGGUAGAAAAUCUGAGAACAUGUAGUAUGGCGCACUGGGAGGGUAACUGGACGCUGGAAGCUGUGAAUCAUCUCGGCCAGGACAUCCUGUUGGAUUCAGCUGAAAUCCGCCACAGAGUGCGCCCAGUGGCACCUGAAAACCUGAACGCUGUAGUCAAUGCUUGGAAUGCCACCUUGCUGUGGAAGUGGCGAUAUGACAGCUACGAUUCCCUGCCACUUGUUUGCCAGGUAGAGAUCAGGUCUCACGACAACAAAACAAAGCGCACCUUCACGGGCGUCGGUCUGACGGCGGUACAGCUUUUGAAACUUUAUCCAAAUGAAGAGUACACCUUUAAAGUCCGCUGUGGCGCCCAGCGGAAUUUCUGGAAAUGGGGAAAUUGGAGCCAACCCAUUUCUAUCCAAACAAAUAUGGACGUUCCAAAUCAGCCUGAUGUGUGGAUGCAUAUCAACAGUGACAACUCUGGUCAGAUUAUUUGGAAGCCUCUGACAUCCCGAGAAAGCCACGGUCAGAUCACAUCUUACGAAGUGACGCUCUGGAGCCCCAAAGAGAACCUGCAGCACACUGAAAUGCUUCCUCCUGACACUUUUAUGCUGCCAAUCAACCUCACUCGAAUCUCCGCCUUCACCAAUGACAACCAAGUCAUGGCAGCUGUCAUUGCCAAGAACGCUGCAGGGGAUUCACUUCCCGCAAGUGUAAUCAUACCUCUACACAUCUCAGAUCAGAGUCAAAUUGCUGAGUCCAGGGUGGUUUAUAUGGACAGAGGUUUCCACCUGGUCUGGCAGGAUGACACCAACUCAAGCUGCGGUUAUGUCAUUGAGUGGCAUGACGCCCUCUGCCAGCAAGACUGCCAUGUGGAGUGGGUCAAGGUGGCAAUGGGAACCACAAAUACGUCCAUCGAGUCAGCGAACUUCCAGCCAGGCGUGAAGUACAACAUCUCCCUGUUUAGUUGCUCCUCAGAGCUGCUGCAGUACUGGCAGGGCUACAUGCAGGAACUGCCUCCCUCCAGAGCCGUCCCCCACCUGUUCAUCAAUCAGCAGGACUCAGACGUUCUCUUGACGUGGGAAGCCAUGCCGCAGGCUAGCAGGAGAGGAUACAUCUUGGGUUACAACAUUUACCUCAACAAUGACUCCCAGCUCGUGCUACUCGCCAAUCUGUCGGGAGAAGGAAGCAGGAAGUACACAGUGAAGGGUCUUUCCGAGGGUUCCUACAAAUUCACGGUCAAAACGUACAAUUCAGCAGGCGAGGACACCGGCGCCACAAUUUCCAUCACAGUAGAGCAGUUAGCUGAUUGGCUGAUCCUGGAAAUACUGGCAACUCUGGGAGCUGUCGCUUUAUUGCUGUCCAUUGUCACCUUCCUUUGUUAUAAGAAACGGAAAUGGGUGAAGAUGGCCUUCUAUCCAGACAUACCGCAACCCAAAUUGAGCGAUGACUGGACUAGGACGCAGGUACGUGGUCCACUGGAUGUGAGGCCAUCGCCCCACAACGUGGUCCAUGUUGUAGGAAAGCCCGAAUUAGACUCCCUUAAAGAAGUGUUGGUCGUCAUUCCCGAAGAGGAUGAGGAGGAAGAGGAUCAGAUCGGAGGCGAGCCAGUCGACACGGAUGAGCCAGCGUCAUUACGCUACUACAACCAAAUGAUUGACGAACGCCCCAUUAGGCCACGCUACCCAGACUCUUUGGACUCGUCUUCAUCCUCGAUGGACUCCGGGCAAACUGAUGUGACCUACACAGGAAUCCAAACUUCAGGGUCAUCGCUGGUCUUCCACACGGAUCAACAAGGUUCCUCUGAGGUCGAAAUGGCUGCCAGUGGAGGUGCUUACCGCCCCCAGAGGCAACCUGCAAGUGACAACUCGAUCCCGGUUCCAGCGCAGUCUUCCCAAGACCCCCAAGCUCCUUGCUCCGGAGGCUACAAACCCCAAAGCUCUUGGAAUUUGGACUCGCCCAGGGAGGCUGAGGAGCGGGACUGCCUGGCACCGUGCUUGGGCUCGCCCACUUCCAUGGCUUCCACUCAGUUCCUCCUCCCUGACAUCGAGUCAGAGGAGCACGACAAAGAGAAACGUCCGCUCUCUACUUCCGCAGCAGGCUGGUUCACCAACCUGCUGUCCUCUGCAAAACCAUGAUAAUCCUCUCAUCAGAAGCUGCUCGGCCAAUAGGUUGGCCUAACCCUUUUACAUUCACGUUACCAGUGACAUUAUCAAACUGGAAAAAGCUUCACCCAUCAGGCCAAAAUAUCAUAUCAUCAUUUGAUGUAGCAGUUUGAAAGCAAGCCGAAAAUAUGACGUUUGAGAAACAAAAGGUAAACACGAGGCUGAAAUGUGAUCCUUACUAUUUCCUCAUAUAGUGGCCAGAAGCAUGGAUUUACUCAUUAUGUUAUUUUACAGCAGAGUUCACGUGGUGUGUUGGCGUUAAUCUACCAUGACAUAUAAUGGGUAAGUCAGUCAAAGUAGGGGGGGGGGGAUCCAUGAUGCUAUUAAAAUAGUUUGUGUAUUGAAGUGGAUGGCAUUUGGCACGGCUUCUUUCAGAGCUGAGGCCACUCUUUGAGGAAAUCUGGAAAAUCUAUUGGCUUUCUUCACGACUGGGCAUUCAGUGCUGACGUUAUUUCAGAGUUGCAGCUUUUAGCUAUUUUUUUUUUGUUUGACCCGUUGUGAUGUGAGUUUCAAAACACUAGAUGAUGAUGAAUGAAAGUAAUUUCCAAACCAAACAUUUCCCUAAGUAUUUGUUGAAACACUACAAAAGGAAGACUUAUUUUUAUGUUUUGUAUGAACGGAACAUGUCCCUCAAUUGUCUUUUGAGUCGCCCCCUCAUGAGAUGAUGUCCUAUGCACUUUGAAUAAGUCAUUGUUUUACACACAUUCAGAAGGUGAUGCAUUUUACACUCUGGAAUUGUCUGGAUGAUGACACGGAUGAUAUAAGCUAGAAUGUAUUCAAUAUCAUGUACUGAACAAAUGCUAUCGUGUUACUUUGAAUUGUUUACAAUCGUCUUGUUUAAUCAAGUUCUUUUGUAAAUAUUUCACAGGCCAGUUUUUUUUUACGUCACAUGUAGUAUGUUACCUGCUAGUCAGCAACUUUCCAUUUUAAUAUUGAGAAUACAAUACAUCUUUAUUUAUAUAGUAACUUGGGGUGUCAAUCAUAGUGUUCGAGUUUCAUAUAUAAUUGUAAUGCUUCCAUUCAUUUGCACCAUGUCACAUUUCACAAAUUGCCUUGCCACUCAAUCAGAUUUGAUCCAUUAUGUAAAAUGACUGUAACUCAGAACACAUCAAUAAUGUUUGAGACCCUGGUAACAGCAUAUUAUUAUUGUUUUUUUAAAGCAUUUGCUUUUAUUUCCCUUUGGAUAGCUUUGCCAUCUCCAUAUUUCUCUCAUAUUAUGACACCUUUCCACAGAUUGUGUCAUGCUUUAUUAAUCAGGUUGAUUUUCAUUCAUUUGCAUAGAUGUAAAGUAGGAAUUGUAUGCUCAUUUCCAAGUCAAGUUUCUCAGUGCCUACAGCUGACAAGCUUUAAGUAAAACUACUGUGACAGGAAUGGUGGCAAAAAUAACUUGGGUGUUACUGGAUAACUUUGCUGGUCUACUUCUCAGGCGGUCCUUUCUUUUGACUACUGGGGGAGAUGUCUGUUGUUUUGUUUUAAAUACAAUGCCCAUUGACUGGAUUCAAUCCAAAAGCUAUAGUGGAUCGUCAAAUGACUGUCCAAGCCGAUAUGAGAUCAAAUGAAACAGAAGAUAUAGUUUGGAGGAUUUAAACGAAGCUGCACAUUGUUUUUCAUCCUUUAAAGCCUCAUCUCCAACGAGGCAGGGCAUGCUCUUAGAUUUUAUUUGUGUCAACAAAUAACAUUUUAUACUAAACAAUGUGGUGGAUGUGUAUCCCAUUGCUCUCUUAGAUAGGAAAUGUAUUAUAUACAAUUUAACCAACAGAUCUUACUGUUUGUCAUGUAUAGUAUAUAGUGAUUGUCUUCCAAUGAUAGCUUAGCCUUAGUGUGCUUUCACAGCAUUGUCACAUUUCCAGAUGCUGAUGUGGUCUCAAGUAAAGCAGAAAACGGGUUGUGUAGAUGAUAUCAGGGUAGUUUGCUCCCGCCACUCUUCCUGAUUUAUAAAUGCAUGUUGUAUAAGCAAACACUACAAGAUCACAGUUUGAGACUCUGGCUUUAAAAAAACUAACACUGACUAAUGCUAUGCAUGACUUAAUGGCUACAGUAAAUGUGCAUCAAUAAAUACUCAAAUUAUUGAAAUGCUUUAAAUUCUAUGAUCUUUCAAAGAAUAUUAUUUUCAUGUUUGUAAUUCCUGAUUGCAAGGCAGAAUAAGCAUAUAGAAUUUCAAAAUCAUGUGGAUUUUUUUUUUCCUGAACCAAUGCUUCAUGUUAACACCAAGCUGAAAUGUUACUCAUCAAAAACAAUUAAAAAUUAAAUAACAAUAA